UUCCGGGACUUCAGUCGACGUCAUCAGUCGCCAUUUUCCGGAGUUGUGUUCUCUGUUGGCUAUUCUCUACGACAAUGCUGUUUUAGCGCCUCUGUAUUUGUUUUAGGGCAGCUGGACAAGUGUUCACGAUGAAUGUGCGAGUGUUUUUACUUGUGGCAUUAUCUGUAGCCCACUUCGGUGUUAUUUGUGGUGUUGCGGAUGGGAGAACUGUAAGGCACGAUGACGGCCAUGACAUCAGCAGGAGACAGGUGGCACAAAAUUCGGAAAGCGCCUCCACGCCUUCCAACAAGCUCACUGAAGGUUCAUCCACCAACAGUGCUGUGCAGACGGUCCUGAAAACGACUAACCACAGUAACUCUAGUUACCCUACUGUUGCUGUACCGAAAGGCUCUCUCUGGCCCUACAGCAGUGAAGUGGUGAAGCGAAUGUUGUACGUACUGAUCGGAGUGACUGCCCUGGUUGUGCUGUACUUCAUCGUUAGAGCAGUCAGGCUGAGGAGGCGACGCAGCAAAUCAAAGAAGUAUGGCGUGCUGACGACAUCAGCAGACAUGGAGAUGGCUCCGUUGGACCAAGAUGACGAUGAUGAGGACAUGACGAUGUUUGACAUCAAGAACACCACGUCCGCCACCCCAACCGAGUCCAGAUAGGUGACACAGCUGGCUCAGGAAGCUGGUUGGUGUGCCACUGAUACUAUCUGGCUCAGAAGGGAACUGGAUAUGUAUCAUACACUACUACUACUACAUCAAGGACUUACCUUACAACAGACAUCACUUCUCUUUAAUACUGCAGAUUUUUUUUAAAUUCUGGGAAAGGCAAUUCUAAUAAGAGGGGAUUUUCAGUAAGAGAUGUCUGUUGAGUGAAAGUCUUGUACAUUUUUGCCCUCUCCCGGUUGUGAAAUGAAUACAAUUUUGGAAGUGAUAAUGAGUACAGUGGACUACUAUAUGUAGGGUUUUACAUAAUCUAGGAUCAGUAAAGUUGGUUUUUCUCCUGUAGACUGAAUAUUGGCUUUAAUUCGAUAUCCAAUUGUUACACGAAGACUUUGACUCUUGGCCAAGGAUUUCCAGAUUUGUACUAUUGUGAAAAACUUACCUUUAGGCAACUUCCAUGCAGGGUAGUCUAGAGAUAAAACAGAAAACCUAGAGAUAUGCAAUAUGACAAUUAUUUACUUAAACAAGAGCUUACAUGAAAAAAGGAUUGAAGUCAAGUUUUUGUUCUAUGUAUAUGGGGAAAAGUUGGCAUUUGCCUGUCUGGAGGAUAUACAAUGUAUGUUGUCAUGACCACUGUGUAACAGGAUAGACCACUAGAUACAGGUCUAGUGAUGGUUGAACCAGAAGCACAGUUGUCAAGAUUUAGACACUACUAGAAUGAGCUCACAUCUUCAACAGAGUCUAAUCGGUUUUCAGAACUGACAAUUGACACUCCAUGCCACUGGAACAACUUUGCUAGGAAAGCUACAUGUACAAAACAAUGUACACUGUUGUAAGUAGGUCCCAUAAUACACUGUACAGUUGCAAAAAUAGUCAUGCAAAUUAUGGGAUCAAUUUUGCAAACAUGUCUAGUACAAACAGGGAUGGUUAAGGUUAUUUAAAUUGUGUAGGUAUAGAUUUACAUUGCACUGUAUUUCAUUGUAUGUGGUGUGUGGUGAUAUAUGAUUUUAUGUGCAAUGGAGUAGAUAACGGUUGAACAUCUCUAUCUAGCCAGAGGCUUCACUUGGAACAAAAACUGGUUGCAAGAAUUCCUGUUGCUGCCUUCUGCAGUAUUCACUUGUCAUUUCAGCACACACACAUAGAGAGAAAAUUGCUUGUUAUAAUUUCACACCAGUUUGGUAGGUCGGAUUCACCAGGCUCGAUUUUUGGAACCCUUCCUUCAUCAUAGCAUUGACAAGCUGACAAGAUUUCAAACUAACAGUUCAGAAAAAUUAUUGUCUUCCUUGUUAUACAUUGUUAACAUUUCAAACAACAUACUGUGUCAGACAUUUCACAUGGGUUUAUUUAUACGUAAACAUUUCUUGUUUGAAUUGUUACCCAGUCCAGUUUGGUAACUGCUGUUAUAAAGUACAUAUUUGACUUCAUAGAAUCCUCUUUUAUUUUGCUAGCCCAGGCCAUUUAUUACCUGCAGAAGUCCAAUCAACAAGAAAUUAUAUCGGUUUGACCUUUAGAACCAUACAGAAAUGGAAUUUGCGAGUUUUAUGCACAUGAAAACAUGCAUUAUUGUAUCUACUAUCUAGUACCCAACUUCCUCCUGAUUAUAUGAUCCACAUAUCAUCUGAGUUAAUAAACUAAUCUAGGUUUGAAAUGUGCCAUUAUGUAACCUUCCAGUUCCAGAAUUUAUCAUGUCUAAAUGCUUGAGAUAUUUAUAAUAGGCAAGAAUGUUAAAGAUUUUGUAUAUCUGGUGGAUGUAUUAUUUUAUUGAUUAUUCCUCUGUUCAUAUUUUUGAAUGAAUGUACAAUGGUCCUCCAGUACUGUGGCAUCAGUUGUACAAUUUUAAUUUGGUGCUUGUGUUAUCUGUUUCAUCUUCCAAAAUCAUGUGAAAUGUGCCAUUAAGUAGCCUUCCUAUAUCUAUUGUUUAAAAGUCAAUGUGGUAAAACUGCUGUGUAGUACAUUUCAAGUAAAUAAUAAUACCAUUGGAAA